GUGUAAGUGACCGUUACCGGUACUUGAGCUACAGCCAGUUGAUAUAACCUAACUUUUUGCAUAGAAUUUACCCGCGUUUUUCUGCACCUUAUCGUUUAACUGUUUUACCGGACUUGUGGGUCGCCUCGACCGAAACCGGGUACCACCAGCGACAUGGUCACCCACGAUGAUAUCACCAUGAAGACGGAAUUCAACCAGGAUGCCGACGUCUGCACCUCUCUGGAGACGCUGGAUUUUAUAAAUGAGGCGUCCGCCGAAAUAAAGCAGGAACGUUGUGCUGAUCGUUCGGACGGGAACGACCGAGGGAACGACCAACUGCUGGAGGAUGACGUGUACGAAUUGCCUUUAGAAGAACGAAACGGCGUCCGUAGCGGUUCCCUUUCGAUUAAAUGUGUGGCGUGCCCUACCACAUGUAAGCAAAGACUUAGUGAGCAUUUCCCGAAAUGUGUCAAUUUUAAGCGGUGCGUAGUUUUACUUUCUCGAAACGGAGUCGGGGACCACAUUUGUAAAUGCUACCACUGCAGCUAUGCCACGACAAAUAAGUCAUGGUUAGAAGUUCAUUUAAAAAAGUGUACAAGGCGUUUCGUUUGCAAUCGAUGCAGUUAUGGCAGCAAUAAUCAGAGUCAUUUGAAGCGCCAUGUUUUAAUACACAGCACUGCAAAACCUUUCAGUUGUUAUCAUUGCGACUUUGCCACAAAUAGAAAGGAUAGUUUGGAAAGUCAUCUUUUAAGGCAUUCUUCUUGUCAAUAUUUAAACUGUGGUCAAUGUAAUUGCGCAACAAACGGAAAGAAUAAGAAAAAUAAUUUAAAGCGUCAUAUUUUACGGCACAAUUUCUUGAACCUUUUAAGGUGUGACCAAUGCAACUAUACAUCAAACAUUAAGACUAAUUUAAGGCGUCAUUUUAUAACACAUAAAAGUUCUAAAGACUUUAAAUGUCACCAAUGCGCUUUCGCCACAAAAACUGAUCAACUUUUAAAGCAACAUCUUUUAACACAUGCUUCCAGAGAUAUAAAAUGUGACCGUUGCAAUUUUGUAACAAAUAAGAAAAGUUACUUAAAAAACCAUAUGGCGAUUCAUAGCUUGUCCAACGACUUUAAAUGUGAGCAGUGCAAUUACGUAACAAAAACCAAACUAAAUUUCAGGCGGCAUGUUUUAAAACAUUCCGCUUCGAAAAAAUAUAUUUGCGCUCAAUGUAAUUAUUCCACGAAUUCUAGGCAGUGUUUAAAGAAUCACAUUUUAACACACAACGCUUUCAAGGAUGUUAAGUGUGACCAGUGCGAUUACGUGACGCAUCGUGAAACUUACUUAAAGCGUCAUUUGAAAACGCAUAAUAUUUUUAAAUGUGACUAUUGCGAUUAUUCAACGGCGGGGAAAUCAAAUUUAAAUAACCAUUUUUAUCAACAUCACACUUUCAAAAAAUUCACUUGCACUCAGUGCAGCUUCGCCACCAAUAAUAAGGACAAGUUAAAGAAUCAUCGUUCGACACAUAACGCUCCCAAACAUUACUGUUGCAUCCCGUGCAAUUAUUCCACCGAUAAUCCGAAGGAUUGGAAACAUCAUCAGAGAGCUUUCAAACAUUUCAUUUGCCAUCAGUGCAAUUACGCCACGAAUAGGAAGGAUAGCUUGGCGCGUCAUAUUUUACUACACAGCGCUUCCGAGAAUUUUGCUUGCGAUCAAUGUGACUUUGCCACAAGUGCCCAAUAUAAAUUAAAGAAUCAUAUUUUACUGUGUCAUGCUGUCAAAAGUUUGAUGUGCAAUCAGUGUGAUUAUGCCACAAAUGUGAAAGAUUGUUUAAGAUAUCAUCUUACGACGCACAAUAAUUCCAAAGUUAUUAAAUGUGACCAUUGCGAUUACGCAACUAAUAACAAAGUCACUUUAAGACUUCAUUUGGCAACACAUAAUAUUUUCAAAGACUUCAAAUGUAAGCAGUGCAAUUAUUCCACGGACAACAAGGAUCAUUUAAAAAAUCAUGUUUUAAGACACGCCUCGAAGAAUUUGAGUUGCUACCAUUGUGAGUAUACCACAAACGUCAAGACUACUUUAAUGCGGCAUAUUUUAAGACACAACAGUUCCAAAGCUUUCAAUUGCCAUCAGUGCAAGUACGCCACGAAUUUUAAGGGUAACUUGAAGGGCCACCUUUUAACGCACAACGUGGCUCUCAAACCUUACACUUGCAAGCAGUGCAAUUAUAGCACUGAUAAUCAGAAUGAUUGGAAACAUCAUCAGAGAACGUCCAAACAUUUCGCUUGCAAUCAGUGCAACUAUGCCACUAAUACUAACGGUCGUUUGCAGCGUCAUCUUUUAACACACGGUACUUCCCAAGUGUGAUCAUUGCGAUACUCCACUUAAAAACCCAAGUGUUAUUUUUAACACAAUGUACUUUAGAAAUUAAAUGUGACUCGCGACAACAAAUAUUUUUAUUUUUUAUAUCGUUACAUCGUAUGCACUUUUUUAACUUUAGUAUUUUUUUUGUUUUAGUUAUAUUUCUUUAGU